UACCCGGAAGGUGAGGACCUUUACUAAAUUGCAAGGUCUUUACGAGGUAGUAGAAUGUGAGUCGACGACACGCAGUCACACACUGCCACAACAAAUGGGAAUAGAAGAAGAAGAUUCAUUUUCAUCGUCUGAAUCAGAGUCAGAAGAAGAUGAUGAUGAUAUCAAAAUCAACGGGGUUGGAGAGAAAUGGAUAGAGCACUAUUCUUCAUCCCAUCGAAUUUUGUUGGUCGGAGAAGGAGAUUUCUCUUUCUCUCUCUGUUUAGCCAGAGCUUUUGCCUCUGCCCACAACAUGGUCGCCACUUCUCUUGAUACCCACCAGGAUCUAGCGACGAAGUACAGUAAUGGGACUGAGAACGUGAGGCUGCUAGAAGAGAUGGGUUGCAUUGUACUCUCUGGAGUGGAUGCAAAACAGAUGAGCCAACAUCACUUCCUCAAGACUCAGAGGUUCGAUCGAAUUGUCUACAACUUCCCUCAUGUUGGUUUCAUCUUUCCUGAGGGUAAUGGCUGCCAGAUCAAGUUGAACAAACAAUUGGUGAAAGGGUUUUUGAGGAACGCCAAAAUUCUGUUAAGGAAGGAGGAAGGAGAGAUUCAUGUGUCCCAUAAGGAAGGCGACCCUUACAACCAGUGGGACUUGGUUAAAAAAGCAGAGAAGAUAGGGCUGAUGUUGAAUGAGAGCAUUCCCUUCUGCAGGAACAAGUAUCCUGGUUACGACAACAAGAGAGCCCACGGAAACUUUUCCGAUGCCCCCUUCCAUUUAGGGGAUUGCACCACGUUCAAGUUCAAGCUAGCCCCCUCCUGCUAGUUUUCUUGGAAUGGAUUUUUCUUAGAAUGGGAGUUGUAUUGCUGUAUAUGUUUGUCUGUUGGCUAUGACUUUAACGUCUGGGCUGUGUGACAAACAAUGUCAUUUUCUUUUUCUUUUUUUGCGCUGUGACCUGAUUUGCCUCGUGUAAUAUAUGUCUUCUUCUCUGUAUGCUCAUUGAGGCACAGUUGUAGACAGUGUAAUAAUCAGGUUCCCUAAGGUUGCAACUCUGGUGCGGCUAAUGACAUAAUUUGAUAUAUUUGGAAGAAUUGAACAACCUUCAGAAUACUAAUUUAUAAAGAAAUGGUUCAUGA